UUUAUCUUUAGACAGUUUUAGACAUACUAUUACUUUUUGAUGUUGAGUUGUUUCAGAAAUUUCAGAAAUGAACGUGGCAGUAUUUUUGACAGUUGCCCUUCUGACCAUUUACAACGCACAUUUGGGAGAGAGCCAGUUUGAAGAGCCUGUCCCAUUCCCACCUGCCCGUCCCACUGCUGAGAAUGUUCUCGCUCUUUGUUACAAUGGCAACCGUCGCCACAGAUACCCUGCUCACUCCAUCCCAUCGUCCUGGAGCAGCCACUUCCGUCGUCGGGCAACUGCCAUCAACCGCCUGGAGUCCUGGUACCAAUUCUGCUGCAGUGGACAGAUGAUACAGCAGCCCGGCAUAGUGCUCUGCUGUACACAACAAGCAUGGAUGCAGGCUCUUUCUGAAUUCUGUGUGGAGGAGUAUUCAACAAUGACUGCCGCUUACGACUGCUGCAGACUUCAGGGCAGCGCUCGGUGGAUGUGUUUCUCCACUGAGCCGUUCAAUCCGAGUUAUAGUCCCACACUGGAAUACAUCGCACAAUUCACACCCAACGUUGAAGGCUUUGUCUUUAAAAACAAUGAAUGUUAAGAAUUCUCAUAAUUUUAUGUUUAACCUUUUAUGCUUUUCAUUCAGCAUACAUGGUCCAGUACUAAGAUCAUUUGGAUCCAUUCUUUCACUAGCAUUGGGCUUUAUCUUUGAUUACCAUAAAUCCAUGCAGUUUUAGAUAUAACAUUUGGAAUUUGAUUGUAUGAAAUAUAUGUUAUUUGCAUAAUAAAAAAUCGUUGUCUGAUC